AAGCACCUUGGUGGGGUAUAUAUAUGGAAGGCAAGGUAUUCCAUCUUCCUCAGUCUUCUGCAGAAGAAAGAGAUUUCUUUCCUUCAUUUUUCUUCUGCAUAAUCAGAUCUUCUCUUUUUCUUUGCACAAAAUCCAGUGAUCAUUAGAAAAGGCUGUUGAAAACAAACAAAAAUGGUGAAGAUUUGCUGCAUUGGAGCUGGGUAUGUCGGUGGGCCUACCAUGGCUGUGAUUGCACUUAAGUGCCCUGCAAUUGAAGUAGCCGUGGUUGAUAUAUCAGUAUCACGAAUUAAUGCCUGGAACAGUGAUACUCUUCCCAUCUAUGAGCCUGGCCUUGAUGAAGUAGUGAAGCAGUGCAGAGGAAAGAACCUCUUCUUCUCCACUGAUGUGGAGAAACAUGUUUUCGAGGCUGAUAUAGUCUUUGUUUCAGUUAACACCCCUACCAAGACCCAGGGUCUUGGAGCUGGCAAAGCAGCUGAUCUGACCUACUGGGAGAGCGCUGCUCGAAUGAUUGCUGAUGUAUCGAAAUCUGACAAAAUUGUGGUUGAGAAAUCAACAGUCCCAGUGAAAACUGCUGAGGCAAUAGAAAAGAUCCUGACCCACAAUAGCAAGAAGAUCAACUUCCAAAUCCUUUCCAACCCAGAAUUUCUUGCCGAGGGAACUGCAAUUAAAGACCUUUUCAAUCCUGAUAGAGUCCUCAUUGGAGGUAGGGAGACCCCAGAUGGGCAAAAGGCGAUACAAGCAUUGAAAGAUGUUUAUGCCCAUUGGGUCCCUGUGGAUCGUAUAAUUUGCACUAAUCUUUGGUCUGCUGAGCUUUCUAAGCUUGCUGCCAAUGCCUUCUUGGCACAGAGGAUCUCUUCUGUGAAUGCCAUGUCAGCACUUUGUGAGGCAACCGGUGCAGAUGUCACCCAAGUGUCCCAUGCUGUUGGCAAGGACACAAGAAUUGGUCCCAAGUUCUUGAAUGCUAGUGUUGGUUUUGGUGGGUCUUGCUUCCAGAAGGACAUCUUGAACUUGGUCUAUAUCUGUGAGUGCAAUGGCCUUCCUGAUGUAGCAAAUUACUGGAAACAGGUUAUUAAGGUGAAUGACUACCAGAAGACAAGGUUUGUGAACCGCGUGGUUGCCUCAAUGUUCAACACAGUCUCCGGUAAGAAGAUUGCAAUUCUGGGCUUUGCUUUCAAGAAGGACACUGGUGAUACCAGGGAGACCCCAGCUAUUGAUGUGUGUAAAGGGCUGUUGGGGGACAAAGCUAAAUUGAGCAUAUACGACCCACAGGUGACUGGGGAUCAGAUCCAGAGGGAUCUUGCAAUGAAGAAGUUUGAUUGGGACCAUCCAGUUCAUCUUCAGCCACUGAGCCCUACUUCCGUCAAGGAAGUCAGUGUCGUUUGGGACGCUUACGAGGCAACUAAGGAUGCACAUGGUAUCUGCAUUAUGACUGAGUGGGAUGAGUUUAAGACGCUUGAUUACCAGAAGAUUUAUGAUAAUAUGCAGAAGCCUGCAUUUGUGUUUGAUGGCCGGAAUAUUGUGGAUGUGGAGAAGCUGAGGGAAAUUGGGUUUAUCGUUUACUCCAUUGGUAAGCCACUGGACCCAUGGCUGAAGGACAUGCCUGCCGUGGCAUAAAAAUGAGAAGCAUAAUUUCUGUUGGCUUGUGGUGAGCAGGGAAUUAAUUUGUGAGAGAGGAUGCAUCGUCCUACCAAAUUUUACCUUUUUCUAGAGUUGGGUUUUAUGUUCUCUUCCUUCUGUUUUAUCCUUGAUGGACUCGAAGACCCUGUAGUCUUUGAAUCUGUCUUUAGCUAAUAGAAAAUUGGAAUAUGUUCUUUAUUUGAUAUAAUGUAAUAAAUCACAACUCAGGAUUUUUUAAUACCAUUCUACCUAUUUUAGCUGAUA